CUGCCUUGUCAUGCACAGGCACGCGUCAUUUCGCAUUUCGACGCGUCGGCGGGUCACGUCAUCCGUGUGGACUUCGCCGCCGUUGCGCCGUCAAAGCAGCAAGAUGUCGACCAUCAACUACCAUGUUGUAGGGUGGAAACAGUGUCCGUACUAUGUCAAGGCGGCGAGUGUCGUAUCGUCGAUGCAACACUUGUUCCCGUCGCAGGUGAAGGCGACGAUCCAUGAACACCCGAACAAGGAGUCGUUUGCCAACUGGUUGAACGAAUCCCAAACGGAAUUUGCCCGCCAAUUCGACAACGACGCGCGCCCGUUGAAGCACAAGUCGUCGCCGUUUUGCUACUUGGAACAAGACGACACCCCCAAGUUUGUGGGAGGAUGUGACGAUACGCUUGCGUUCUUUCGUGCUCGCACUCAAAGUGCCCCUUCGACCGGCGCUCCCUCGGCUGCGAACGCCCAUGUGUCGGACACGUCGUCGUCGGAUGAAACCCAAUACGACUGGGACUUGGUCGUCAUCGGCGGUGGGUCAGGCGGUCUCGCGUGCUCGAAAGAGGCAUCCAAGCUUGGCCAAAAGGUGCUUGUUUUGGACUAUGUCAAGCCUUCUCCCGUUGGGUCGACCUGGGGCCUCGGUGGCACGUGCGUGAAUGUUGGAUGUAUUCCCAAGAAAUUGAUGCAUCAAAGCUCGAUCAUCGGUGAGCUCCUGCACAAGGAUGCAGAACAGUUUGGCUGGACCGUCUCGAACGCUUCGUUCGACUGGACGAAGCUGGUGUCGUCUGUCCAAGAUUACAUCCACGGCCUCAACUUUAAGUACCGCAUCGACUUGCGCGACAAGAAGGUCAAGUACGAAAACAUGUUGGGCACGUUUAAGGACGCGCACACGCUGACGCUGACGAAUGAGGCCAAGAAGAAGGGGCCGACGGACGUGACCUUCCGUCGUGCCGUGAUUGCCGUCGGCGGCCGUCCCAAGCCGUUGAGCUGCCCUGGUUGGGAGCAUGCCAUCUCGAGUGACGACAUUUUUUCCAAGGCGGAAGCCCCGGGGAAAACCCUUGUUGUCGGUGCGUCGUACGUUGCGUUGGAAUGCGCGGGGUUCCUCAAGGGCCAGGGCUUUGACGUGACGAUCAUGGUGAGGUCGAUCUUGCUGCGCGGUUUCGACCAAGACAUUGCGCGCCGCAUUGGUGAGUACAUGGAGAACGAGAGCGGCAUUGCGUUCAUCAAGGAAUCGGUGCCGACCUCGAUUGAAAAGCUGCCCAACGGCCAGCUCAAGGUCACCCACACGCAUGGCGAAGGCAUUUACGACACGGUCCUCAACGCUACCGGCCGCAGUCCGGACGUGCAAAUGCUCAACUUGCCGGCUGCUGGGGUCACCCUCAACCCCAAGUCGGGCCGCAUCGACGUGACCAACGAGCAGACGUCGACGCCGCACAUCUACGCGAUCGGCGACGUCAUCGACGCUCCGGAGCUCACCCCCGUUGCCAUCCAAGCGGGGAAGCUGUUGGCCCGCCGCCUCUUUGGCAAUGGCACGGCCUUGAUGGACUACACGAAGAUCUGCACGGCGGUGUUUACGCCUGUCGAGUAUGGGUGCUGUGGACUGUCGGAGGAAGACGCGAUUGCAUCUGCCGGCCGCGACAACAUUCAAGUGUACCAUCAAAACUUCACCCCGUUGGAGUGGAGCUUGUCCCACGAGCGGCCGUUGGCCAAGGAGUGUUACGCCAAGCUGAUUGUGGACACGACCCAGCAGAAGCGCGUGGUGGGGUUCCAUUACCUCGGCCCGAACGCCGGUGAAGUGACGCAAGCGAUUGGGGUUGCCAUGAAGCUCCACGCCACGUACGACGACUUUGUCAACACGGUGGGCAUCCACCCCACGACGGCCGAGAUCUUCACGACGCUCGAAAUCACGAAAGAAAGCGGCGAAGACGCGUCGGCAUCGGGCUGCUGAGGCUAAAUCCCUUUCUCGGUCUGUCGAAGUCUCGCGUCUGGACAGACCGAGGAAGGGAGAGGUAGCCCCUCGCGCGUGCGGAGUGUGCGAUGUGCCAUUGUUUCGACCGUGAAUGACGACUGGGACGAACACAGCGCCACCCGUUGGUUGCGACGUUCUUCCGAUGUGGCUCGCGGGAGAUGGAUCCUCGUGGUCGAAUGACGUUUGUCUCUGAAAUCCCCACGGAUAGAAACGAACUGAAAGACUACGAGACCCACACCCAGCUUGGCUCUGCCUGCUGCCUUGCUGCAGCUGAGCACUUCCUGCCUGGUUGGCGCUGCACUCGUUGCGCUUCGCCAUUUGAAUGAAAUUUCGUUUCGAGAAGAAUUCGGAUGAGAGAGUCAUGACACCGCCGACGUCACAGAUAUUUCUCUAUGAUUUUGACCAAUCAACAAUCGUUCUUGAACUUGC